CUUUAACUUUUCCCCAAAACCGGGUCUCUUGCUACUCUCAAUCCAUUUGUCUUCGGUUCUCUCUCUGGUUUUGUUUGAUGAAUUGAAGUCUGAUUUUUCUGCAAAAUUUCGGAUUUUUACAGUGAUGAAUUACAGAUUUGAGAUCUGCAGAUAAAUUGGUUUGAUUUCACCAUUUUCCCAUUUUGUAUUUUUAUUUAUUUAUUUUUUUAAUUUGUUUGCUUGUCCCGCUCGUGACCGUAUUUCAUACAAACAGUGCCAUCUGGAAGUUAUAUAUUUGCUCCGGGAAACUCAAAUUUGCCCCUCUGCUUCCCCUUUCACUAAUGGCUUCCGCCACCGUCGAUACUCCUUCUCUUCCGGCCGCCGCCGCCGUCGCCGAGACUCCGCUUCAACUUGAUUCAAUACCUACCGUUGAUCUUAGACUUCUGUCCCAAUCUGAGCUCUACUCUCUUUCCCAGUGUUCCCCGUCCGCUUUUGAUCCCCGUCGCUUGGACGACGUCGUUAGCCCCAAACUCGACCGCUCCGUGUUCAAUGAGUCAGCGGGCUCGCGCAAGCAGACUUAUUCGCGUCUCCGUCUGGCUCCGGCUGCCUCUUCCACCGCUCUCCGUAGCCGCACGCCUCAUCUCCGCGCCACAAAUCACAACCCGAAUCAGCCCUCUAUGGAGACUGACCCCGAGAGCUUUCAAAUCGUGUCUCUUCUGAAACAGCUUUUUAAAGCCGAGGCGAACCCCUCCGACUUAAUUCCUAUUCCAGUAGAUUAUUCGGUCUCGGUUUCCCAAUUGCCCAAUGCGGCGCCCGCUGGGUUCAAAAGAAAACGUGGUCGGCCGCGGAAGGAUAAAAGCGACAUUGUCAACUCCAAUUUCAGCCAUGCAAGUCAUUCCAAUGGCGAUUUGGCGAUGACGAACGUAGUGGUCUAUGAUAAUUCGGUGGAUAGGGAUAAAGAGAUUGUGAAUGCUGAUGGUGUGCCCGUGGAUAUGGUGGCUCUGGGCUCGUUGGAGGAUCCAUUUUCCAUGGAGUUGAGGCGGAGGACAGAAGGACUUGAGGGCGAGGAGAAGCUGUUAGGGUUUCUCGAGGGUUUGAAUGGGCAAUGGGGAAGUAGGAGAAAAAAGAGAAGAAUUGUUGACGCCAGCCAGUUUGGGACUACUUUGCCAAAAGGUUGGAAGCUUUUGCUCUCCCUCAAAAGGAAGGCUGGCCGGGUUUGGGUGUACUGCCGCCGCUACAUAAGCCCGAAUGGACGGCACUUCGUGUCAUGCAAGGAAGUUUCCAUAUACUUGCUUUCUCUUCGUAGUGAACAAGGCACUGUUCCAUUUAAUUCCAUUGAGAGUUCCAAAAGCAUCCUUGAUGGUGAUAAACAUGCUUCUACUGAUACAAACAAAAUGCUACAGAUAAGAGAUACUGUUGUUCCAGAUGUUACUAAGAAGGAAAAUGUUGCUAGCCAUGUAUCAUCACCCCCUGUUAGUAAUACUUCUGUUAAUGAUCAGAUGCAAGAUGUAUUGAAGCUUGGAGAUCUGCAAGAGGUCCAUGUAGGGGAAAUUGCUCAUUGUGAGAAUUGUAAUUUGGAUUUUGGUAACAAGGAUGAUCUGUUGCAGCACCAGUCUUCUUGUCAGAGGAGAAAAAGAUCAAAAAGUGGUCAAUCCAUUUCUGAUGGGGUAAUUAUUAAAGAUGGAAAGUUUGUGUGCCAGUUCUGCCACAAGUCAUUUGACGAAAGGCAUCGGUACAAUGGUCAUGUUGGUACCCAUGUGAGAAAUCAAGUAAAGAGUGCCAUUGAAUCACUACAGGUGAAUAUGGGUUCACAAACAGAUUCUACACUGCAAGAACCAAUUGUUGCAAACAGGGAUUUUUCAGAAAUUAGUGGCUUGGAUACAAAAACUAAGAUGAAUUCUUCACCUAAAGGUAAUUUUGGUAAUCUGGAUGGCGAGCACUUGGAGACCUUUGAUAAAUCAAUAAGUGCUGAUGCCCCUGUGGAUUUGUUUUCUAAUAAAUCUACCAGAUGCUCUACCUCUGAAACUAUUUUGUCGAAUGAUGAGAACACUGCUUGUUGCCCACCUGCUGCUGAGGAUGCUUCUGAGAAAGCCAAUAAUAGUUAUGAUCAACAAGGAAGGAAUUCAAGCAGCUCUUCACCUUUCCCAUUGAAUGAUAAAUUGGAUAUUGUUAAAAAUAGUGCAACCGGGGGUACUUCUAGUAUAGUGGAGUUUGAAAAGGGUCCAAUUUCUGGAAGUGAUUUACAUUCUUCAGAUGGUAAUGUGGAAACGUGUGAUGUUGAUGAGCUGCAACUUGACAAGGAUAGGCAUGCUGCAAACAAAGAGUCAAUAUCUGGACUAUGCAUUAAUAGCAGUGGGCUGGAUGGAACUCAGAUCAGUGUGCAUCUGCCUUGUGAUGCUGAAUCAUGUAGGGAAGAGAUGAAUGUUGUCUCAGUCUCUUCUAUCCCAACAGGCUCUGCACAAAAAAAGGGUUCAGAAGAUUGUUUAAAGACACUGUCAGGUGAUGAGAUGCUACUUGACAAGGAUAGGCAUGCUGCAAACAAAGAGUCAAUAUCUGGACUAUGCAUUAAUAGCAGUGGGCUGGAUGGAAAUACUCAGAUCAGUGUGCAACUGCCUUGUGAUGCUGAAUCAUGUAGGGAAGAGAUGAAUGGUGUCUCAGUCUCUUCUAUCCCAACAGGCUCUGCACAAAAAAGGGUUUCAGAAGACUGUUUAAAGACACUGUCAGGUGAUGCAGAAGAACGUGCUGGUAAUUUAAAUCUUGUUUUUUCUAGCUGUGUUGAUGAGCAGAGAUUUGAUGACAUGUCCAGUGAUAAGAAAAAUUACAGUGGUGGUUGUGCCGAAUCAAACAAUGAUAAUGUAAGUAACUUGGAAAUGGAAGAUCAUUUUGGGUGUGCUCCAUCUUGGAAAAAAGAUAUAGAUUCUGCUGAAAAGUAUGGAAGUCAAUUUCCUGAUUGCUUUGAAGAGGAGCCUAGAGAGCAAAAGACUCUUGAGAGUGGUCUGCUUUCCUUGUCAGGUUAUGAGAAGAAUGAUGCAAUUGAAAAUUAUGUUGAUAAUGUUUCAAUGAGGAAGGUUGAUAAUUUGGAUGUCAACAUACUCCAAGAUGUUAAUGUUGAUGAUGAGUUGAUUUUUCCUUUUAGCAGCAGUCAUGGCGCACUAAAUGCUGAUGCUUCUACUGACUUGAAACAGGAUAGAAGUCUUAACUUCUCACUUUUUUCUGAUGGUAAUGAAAACAAGGCUUGCAAAAGUAAUGUGGAAAUGUAUGAGCAGGAACCGUCUGAAACUGCAAUGCUUCCUCCGGCUUUUGUUCAGGAAGCUUCUAAUCAGGCGUUUAGUAGAGCUAGGAGCUAUACCAACUCAUUAGAUGGACCUAAACUUAAUGGACUUCAUGGUUCAGUGCAUCAAGAUCUGAAUCUCUCUUUUGGAAAUUCUCAUGUAGAAGUUGGUGCAAAUGCUAAUACAAUGCAACUUCAGCAGCAAGGAUACCCUGCAGGGAGGUCUGGUUUCCAAUUUGGUGUGGGGCAAACAUAUGGUGCUCAAACUAGUCUUCAUAACAUUGAUCACAGAAGAGUAGAAAAUCAGAAGCAGGGAGGAGUGAUUGGGGUUGAUUUGCAGAACUCAUCAUUCAAUAGCAAUGUCGUUGAUUUUGGAAAUAAUUAUAAUACGGUUUUCUCUAAUACUGGCUGGGGAGAACAGAGAAUGGAUGAGGUCGGAAAAUUUGGGAAGAAUAUUAUGACUAGUGCUAGGAGUAAUAAUAUUGUCCAGCCUAACAAAGGUAUGAUGGAUGACAACAUUUGGAGAACUAGUGUGGGAAAUCUAUUGAAUCAUGAUGGCUCGGCAGCUAAUGCAAACUCACUGGUGCAGUCAUCAAACUGCUUUCAGACCUAUGACAUAAUGUCAGAUAAGGGCGAAGGUCUGUUCAAAUUGAACCAGAACAUCCAGAAGUAUGAUAGAAGUGGGAAUUUUGAAGGGUUGAGACCAGAGAGAAGCGAGCCAGUGGAAUACAGUUUUAUGGGCACACAAAGUUUGAGCUGUGGCCAACAAGAUUCCAAGGUAUUCUCUUACGGGGUGGAUAUGGGAGAAGGGUUUAAUUCCCCGUUUUGGCUUGGAAAAGAUACAGGUGUAGCCCCAAAUUUAUCGGGAAGAAACAUGGUUCCUACCGUGUGCAUUUGGUGCAGCAGCGCAUUCUAUCAGGACGCCAUCCAAUCCGGCGCACAUGCAGCGGCUGGUUCAAUGUGCCCAACCUGCAGUUCUAGAAUUUAAGGCUUUUGUAGACUGGUCUUGAUACAUAUUAUGAUUUCGAAAUUCUUUAGUUCAUUGAAGGGUCACUUUACUAUAUAAUAAAACCAAUCUCUACUGUAAGAAUUAGACUUUGUAUUAGACAUUUUUUUCUUGUCCUGUCUUGUUGCUUUUAGGGUUAAGAA